AUGACUCCACCAUCCUCAUCGCUGUCGCCAAUUCCGCCGCCCAUUCCUGUCGACACGCACCCAAACCGGGCCUCAGGACCCAAACAUCUUGAGCAAGACCACAUCCCUGACCCCGAUCGCCUGGCGCCGGAGGACGCUUAUUUUGCGCCAUCUCUGUCCCGAGUGCGCUCGGCCCCCGCGAACUAUGAGGAAAGCUUGCGCUCAUUGACUGGUGAUGCCUCGGGUGUUGCGACGUUGCGGCCGCCUCAGGGGACGCUUGGCGCCGAUUUGACCCGCAAAGACGGGAGGAAAUUGGGUGCUGCUGGGCCACGUCGGAGGCGGAAGGGUGCCUGGAAGAAGCUGCUAUGGGUGAAACAGUCUUAUCCGGACAACUAUACCGAUACCGAAACCUUCCUAGACCAUCUACAACGAAACCCUCGAGUACGACCUUACGACUUCUGGCCUCUUGUAUCUGACUCUACUGUCAUUGUUCAACAUGUCUGUUCUGUCGUCAUCUUCGUUUGCUGUUUCGUCGGCAUCGUUCAGGACCGGGUGAGUCCCGUUUCUAUUGUCUGCUGGGGCAGUGUCGGCACCGCGAUGGGCUGGUUUCUAUGGGACAAUUGGAUUUGGCGAGAGCAAGCGGAGCUUGCGCAAAGCCUCAAUGCUGCGAGUGGUGGAUAUGACGGGUCCAGUUCAAGCUCCUUGGCCAGCGCGGUGAAUCCAUCCGGCAAUGACCAGCGGCCGAAUGGCACGAAAGGAAGUCCAAUUCACGGUCUCGGCCUGACAAUGUCUGUGAAUGGGUCAAAAGAGCAAAUGUCACAAUUGACUGCGGAGUUAAAUGGCAGUCUUGAAGGCUUUGGAGAUCCGGCGUUGCGCCUUGGCGCUCCCUCUUCGACGCCCAGUGUUGCCCUCGGCAGUACGGAUGUACAAGAUAAUGAGCGGGCAUCCCUAUUUUCAUCACGGAAUCGCCAGCGCUUAUCGACCGUCAAGUCGGCAUUUCUGAUCUACUUUUCCUUGCUCGGGCUGAGUCCCAUCUUGAAAUCGCUCACCAAAUCUACCGCCAGUGACUCAAUUUGGGCGAUGAGUUGCUGGCUUCUAAUCAUGAACAUAUUCUCCUUCGACUACGGAAGCGGAGAGGGCGCUGGCGCCACGACCAAGUUUCCGGCUUCUCUUUCCACUAAUGCCGCGGUGAUGGCAUCUACAGUGCUUGCUUCCCGGUUGCCUUCGACUACACACGUGUUCAGCCUAAUGCUGUUCUCUAUGGAAGUAUUCGGCCUGUUCCCGAUUUUCCGUCGCCAGCUCCGACAGAAAUCCUGGACGGGCCAUAUCUUGCUGACACUUGCUCUGGUUAUCAUUGCAGGAGGAGCUGUUGGCACGACACUCGGUGGGGGCUGGGCUUCUGCCGUUAUCGGGUCUUUCCUUGGGAGCCUUCUGACUGCCCUUUCGAUGGGUGGGUGCAGCUGGUGGUUGAUCAGUCUGCAGAAGUACAAGAAUGUGGUCAUUGGUCCUUGGGAUCCGGCACGUCCUAUCAUUCGACGACAUUGGAACUGA